UCGUGGAAAAAUAAACUAAAUGAUGUGGAAUUCGAAGAAUGGUUCGAAACACACGAAAAUGAAUGCAGUGCAAAUCACAAAGGCUCCGCGGGAAAAAUGGAGGUAGACUCUAUUGUCGAGAUCUUCAAGCGUUCAAUAGAAAAAUAUAAUGUCCAGUACCGCUACUAUAUUGGAGACGGAGAUUCCAAGACAUACACUGGGGUAGUAAAUUCUCAUCCUUAUGGGGACAUAGAAGUUAUUAAAAAGGAAUGCAUCGGACACGUCCAGAAGCGUAUGGGAUCCCGCCUUCGUAAUCUAGUGAAAACAAGUAAACAACUUGGUGGUAAAGGAAAGCUGACAGGAAAAUUUAUUGACAAGCUCGCAGUGUACUACGGACUUGCUAUUCGACGCCAUUCUGAUUCUGUCCAGGAUAUGCAUAAGGCAAUAUGGGCGACCUUCUACCAUUAUAGUUCAACCGAUGCAAAUCAACGCCACGAGAAUUGUCCAACCGGUGAAGAAUCGUGGUGUGCGUAUCAACGAGCUCGGCGAAAAAAACGGCUUACAAGCACGACUACAAUCCACUUCCACCAGCUGUUUUGAAGGCCAUCAAACCCAUAUAUACUGAUCUCAGUAAAGAAACUUUACUUGAAAGAUGUGUUGGUGGCUUCAAUUAAAAUAACAACGAAAGUUAUAAUCAACUUAUAUGGAAAAUCAGCCCCAAAAUCGUUUCGAGUGAAGGAACAGUCGUUAAUUUAGCAGCCUACAUUGCCGUUGGACUAUUCAACGAAGGAGCGAAGUCGUUAUUGUUUUACCUGAACGCCAUCGGAGUGAAAUGUGGUCACAACGCACACACAUACGUGGACAAAAUCGACGAAGCCCGGAUUGCAGUGGCAGAGAGGCGUGCGGCCGAGAGCACUCGUGAAGGCCGAAUGCAGCGAAGACAACAACAAAUUGCUUUUUUGGAAGCGACAUCGUCGGCGGAAGAGCUAUUAUGAUCCAGUUCGCCACAAUUUUGGUCACCGCAAACCAUCAAAAUAAAAAUACCAAUUUUUUGACGGCC